CUCUACCACACUUCCAGAAAGGUACAGCUUGAUACUCAAACCCCGACGGGCCUCUCAACUCAGGAACACACCAGACCAGAUCUACCUCUUGGUUCAGAGUAAUUGAGGGAGAACAAAAUCCUAUUCGUGUAGGAAGGAACUACAGAUGCCGUUUUAAACCGAAGAUAGACACAAAAAGCUGGAGUAACUCAGCGGGUCAGGCAGCAUCUCUGGAAAAAAGGAAUAAGUGACUUUUGCGGCGAGACUCUUCUUCAGACCCUUCUUCAAACCAUAUACUGACCUUAUUCAGACAGAUCCUAUACUGAUGGCUACCGCAGAUGAUAUGUUCAUUCCUCUGGAGUGUUUUCUUCCUGCAGGAAAAUUGAAAUAUUGCCUGUUAAUUCUCAAUCAACCAAUGGACAACGAUCAGUUUCAACGCCUUUGGAGCAAAGCGGUUUUUCGAGCUUGUGCUGAUGGUGGAGCAAAUCAACUCUACGAACACACAAAGGGAAGACAAGAAAGAUUUCUGCCGAACUUCAUCAGUGGAGAUUUUGAUUCCAUUAAACCAGAAGUAAAAGAGUUCUACAAAGCCAAGGAUUGUGAGAUCAUUGACACAAUGGAUCAAGACCUCACUGACUUUACAAAGUGUUUACAGAUACUACUUCAGAAAACAACAGAACAAGGAUUGAAGGUUGAUGUCGUGAUCGUACUUGGUGGCCUUGCUGGACGCUUUGACCAGAUCAUGGCCAGUGUGGAGACUCUCUUUCAUGCUACAAAGAUGACAAAGAUGCCCGUUGUGAUCAUUCAAGAAACGUCCCUGGCAUAUUUACUUCAGUCUGGUUACCAUAGAUUGUGUGUCAACACAGGCCUAGAAGCGAAGUGGUGUGGCCUUAUCCCAGUGGGAAAUCGGUGCAAUGUAACAACAACUGGACUCAAGUGGAAUCUGACCAAUCAAGUACUUCAGUUUGGGAAACUGGUCAGCACCUCUAACACUUACGAUGGAAGUGGGACUGUCACAAUAGAAACCGACGAACCUCUGCUGUGGACAAUGGGAAUCAAGAGGCAACUUAAAUGAAGUGUGCUCUUUAAAAUGAAGUGGAAUAGAACACAGAGCAUCUUAAAGAUGAAAAAAAGCUCAUUGUACAAAUCAAAACAAGUUUUAUUGACUGAAGCACAAAAUAUAAAGUGUUCCUUGCUGUCCUCCCAUCUUCGUUUUCUAUCCCAACACCAUCGAGUCAGUUCUAGCCACCACUGCAAAGAGAUUCAAACAACAUCUAUUAAUCAAUAUACAUUGAUUGAAUGCCUUCCAUGCAACUCCAGUCAGCAUUCCACAGCAGGUUAUCAAAGUAUUUACAUUUACCUCAAAGCCAUGCAUUUUUCUAGUAAAUUCUCCAGUUCUUCAGAACUGUCUAUUGAAUACCAACAAAAAUGGGAACACAAGUUGUUUCACAGCUUCCCUCAAGUGGGGAACUUGUUCACUUGUUUAAAAAAACACUUAUUGUGCAACUAUCUUCAAUAUAUUGUGGAAUGCUAUAAUUUAAAGUAUUGCUUUAUAAAACAAAAUCAAAACCGUUAAAGGUGACACAUGACUUGAGAAUGGCAUUGAAGAGAGGGUACUCAGUAACUGGUAACAUUACUACUGGAGGUCACCUUCUUCAAACAACACAAUUACAUUAGGAAUUAAGGCAAAUCCUGGACUACAAUUAGAAGAAUUAUAUCACAAUUUUCUAAUGAGAUGUGCAGGUGCCAAUAGAGUGGCAAUGUCAUGUACAUUUUGUUUUUAAAACAGCCAAUCCAUGCCAGGUUGAAAAGCUUGUAAAUUUUUGAAACAAGAAGAAAAAUUAUCUUUGUCUUUUAUAUUCCAGAAAAUCAGCAAUUUUAUUCUGCAAGACACAAUACGUAUCGUUCACUAUAUUCUAAAUCAUUAGCAGAGCUUGCCCUAUUGCUCUAGUUGCACGUGGCUAUUUUUGUAAAAUUACAAGCAACACAUUCUCUAGCUAGACACAAAUUGCUGGAGUAACUCAGCUGCACAGACAGCAUCUCUGGAGAGAAGGAAUGGGUAACAUUUCGGGUUGAGACCCUUCUUCAGACUCAAUGUGUGACAUUUUGGGUCGAGACCCUAACUUUCAGAUAUGUCGCACUUAUCUAAGUGAUCCAAAUCUCUUUGCUACUGGGCAUCUUUGGCUUCUAUUCCAAUUGCUUGGUUUUAAUUGGAGAUCCAAUAAAACCAAUCCCCUUUGCUCAUUCCGCGGAGUUCAACAUCAUUUAUCUUCACAUAACAUUUAUAAGCACUUCAUCUAUCAAAUGUUUACUUCUAAUUCGGAUCAGAUUUUUAAAAAAUUGUCACCAAUUGAGAGUAAUGUUCUGAACAUUAAGCAAAUGCGAAUUGGAGACUAAAGUGCAGAUGUUGGAAAGCGAAGCAAAAACUGCUGGAAGAACUAAUCAGGUCAAAGCAAGUUGCUUUGGCAAGUUACAUUUAUGUAACAUGUUCAUAAAGAAAAUGAAAAUUGUCAUAGCUGCCAUUAUAAUAGCAGCCAAAUCUAAAUCUGUUAAAUUAUUCUCCCAAAUCCACAGUCAAUAACUAUUUAAUUGUACUUCAACAUUUUCACAAGCACAACUUUGAAAUGAAAAUCUUCUCCAGCAAUUGAAUGUGUUUUGUAAGUGACCGAUGCAAUUUUUUUCACUCGAUAACCACAAUACUUACACAAUAAUGUUAUUAAUUGGGAUGUGGAUGAGCUUCACAAAGAAUCCAAUGAAUCCCAUGAUGGCAAAUCCAAUAGCCGUUGCCAUAGCAAUCUUCUGAAAUUCUGUAACAAGUUAACACAUAGGAAACUAUCAAAGAUUUGAUUAAUUUUUCCAAGCCAUUGGAUAACUACAGAAAAGUGGUAUUUUAGGAAGAGCAGUAUUUAUUGACAAAUUAGGGCGCUAGCUAGGUUGAUAUACCAGAAUAGGAAAUGGAUCCCUGGAUGUGUGAACAUUAUUCACCCACAGCAGCAAGGGAAUUUAAAUCCAAAAAUUGGAAUUCAAUAAUGACAAAGAAUUAUGGGGGGUUUUUAUGACAAUCAACACUUUAGGGAGAAAAUACUGCUCUCCCUGUCCAGCCUGGACUAUAUGCAACACAUUAAUGUAACCAUCUCCAACCACCCUCCCAAAUUCCCUUCGACCAAAUCAGAUCAUUAAUGUGCCUUUGGCGUUGAAACACCAUAAAAACCUCUUUAGGCAAAUUGCCAGUUAAUUUGCAGGAAAAGAUUGAACGGGAUCAAACGUAUUCCUUGUAAUUACAAUGAUGUUAUGUUUUCAAAACAGUUUUAAAACUUAACUUCUCAAACUCAUUUUCCUCUCUUCAAAUGGCAGCUACAAAUACCUUUAAAAACUGUAAAUCAAGUCUACAGUAUCUUCAUUGCAGUAUUAACCAUGUGCACCAAAUCGCUAACUUAAUGCAAAUAAAAAAAGAUUUUAAAGUACCGUCAGAUCUAAAAGCACGCAAUCUUAAAUUUCUGCUCAGCCCAGAUGUUUUCGCAAUACUCAGCAGCAUCAAGCAACCUUUAUCACCUGUUUGGCAAUUUGCUUGUCACAAGAAUAAUGUAUUUUUACGCUAUACAUGAUACUACUUUUAAAUAUUCUAUUAAAGAAUACAAUUUUGAAUGA